CGUUAGGUCACCGGUCCGUGCACUCUUGUAUUCGUGGGUCGGCUUCCAACUCGGGAACGCUGUUACGACGUUACGGUAGAAUUCUGUGAGUAGAGGUGUGUCGCAGCUUUAUUUACCUCUUCGUGUCUGUGUCACACAGAAGAGUUUUCAAUGAAAUGAAUGUUUUUAAGUGUGUUGAACGGUAGCAACUUUUCCAAAUGAGUGUAGUGUGAAUUAUAUGGUAAUUCAAAAAUUAGUUGAUACAAAAGGAAGCGCUUGAUUUUAGCGGGCUGCCACCGAAAUUACCUUCAAUAAAUUAACAGAUUGUUAAGAGACGACUACACGAUGCGAAUACUGCUCAUCUACGGGACCCUGCUGGUGGCGUCGCGUGGUCGGGCACAGGUCACGGACUCGAAUUAUCAAUUCGACCCCUACAACCCCAACCCCCCGAGCAACCCUGGUCCACCGGGCCCGGAUAGAAACGGCCCUCCACAGCCACCGCCGCCCCCAAACUACAACCCUGACCCGCAGUUCGGGGGCGGGGGAGGUCCCGUUCAGUUCCCCGACCAGGGGAACGGCGGCGGAGGUGGCGUUCCCUACGGAGGGGGGCAACAGUUCGACCAGUUCGGGAAGACCGACCAGUUCGGCAGGCCCGAUUAUGGGGGCGCGCCGCCCCAGGGCCCCUGGGACAACGGUUACAAUUUCGACAGGGAUACCGCAACGGAGAUCAAGGAGGCAACCUACAUGGCCGUUGCGUCAACGUUGGUGAGGCCGGGCCAUUUAUACAGGGUGUCAGUUACUGUACUGCAGGAAAAACAGCCUAUGGUUGUGAGAGCCUCCAUCCAAAGAAACGGUGUAGAGAUGUCAGCUGAUCAUAAGGCUGUGAAGGAGGGAAUACAAGAAACUCUGCUGAUGAGGGUACCGUCCACCAGUGACCCUGGUGAAUACAGACUACGUUUGGAAGGUUUCUACGAAAAUGUCCUCGGAGGUUCAGCCUUUGUUAACGAGACCAAACUCAUAUUCUCCCAGAGGUCCAAGACAAUUUUUAUACAAAUAGAAAAACCGUUCUACAAGCAAGGAGAAAAUGUUCGUUUUAGAACAAUACCCAUCAAUACCGAACUGAAAGCUUACAACGAUGCCAUAGACGUCUUUAUGCUGGAUCCAAGCGGUCACAUAAUGAAGAGGUGGCUUUCCAGACAGUCCAAUCUUGGUACAGUCAGUUUGGACUAUCAACUUUCGGACCAGCCCGUGUUUGGAGAGUGGAAGAUUAGGAUUAUUGCACAAGGGCAAACUGAAGAAUCCACCUUCUUGGUGGAGGAAUAUUAUCAAACAAGAUUUGAGGUAAAUGUAACUAUGCCCGCUUUCUUCUUCAACACUGACGAGUAUAUCGAAGGUGUUGUGAUGGCAAAUUACACAAGUGGCGGUCCAGUCAGUGGGAACCUCACCCUUAAGGCUAUCAUCAAACCGAUAGCCCCCAUCGAUGUGAACCAGAUGAUCAAUAGGAAUAGACAGACGAAAAUCUACAACAGGAAUGAAUACCACGAGGACAGAUUUUAUAAUAACAGAUAUGACAGAUACGGUCCACGUUAUGAUGGACGAAACCCUUACCAACAAAACGUUGACCAGUAUCAGUUGAAUAACGAUCAGUAUCAGCAGAACACUGAUCAGAACCAGCAGAAUACUGAUCAGUUCAGCACCAUGGAGAAACCUGUGGUCAAGUAUUUGAAUUUGUAUGAAGAGUUCCCAUUCUGGUUUGAUAUACCAGAAAAUAAUUAUGAGCCUAUCCCUCAUCUGAAAAUGUUCAACGGUGUCUACCAUUUCAAAUAUCCCAUCAGAGACAUAUUGCCGUUUACACCGAAUGAGGGUUUGGAGGUUAUGAUUGUGGCCACCGUAGGUGACUACUUCCUGGAUGAAAUUUUGGAAGGUUAUUCUAGCGCUAGAAUUUAUAACUCAUCGAUCAAACUGAAGUUUGUUGGUGACUCACCACAAGUGUUCAAACCAGGAAUGCCAGUUCACUCUUAUCUUGUAGCAACAUACCAUGAUGGCUCACCGCUUCCUCAAAAUAAACUGUACGGCAGUCACAUGGAAAUAUCAGCAAACAUAGACAUGAGGAAUGGAGGAGGUAGGAAUAUAGCCCCCAAAGAAAUAUUUAUGCAAGAGAAGGAUGGCGUCUGGGAAUAUAGGUUGGACGUCAAGAGAGAACUGGGACUCGAAGGUUCCCAAGGCUACGAAGAGCUGAGUACCAUAAGAUCGAUUAAACUGCAAGCCAACUUCAGAGAUGGUUUCGGACAACUCACUACCGCUGAACUUCUACUUUUGGCCCAUUUCAGUCCGAACGAUCAACAUAUCAAACUAACAACUUCCACUAUCACUCCGGAGGUCGGAGAGUUCAUGAUUUUCCAUAUCAGAAGCAACUAUUACAUAUCAAGUUUCCAAUAUCUCAUCAUAUCCAAGGGAAUUGUUCUGCUGGCAGAUACCCAAGAUAUGAACGAUUUCGUCAGUACCUUGGCCAUCGGUUUGAGUGCAGAGAUGGCGCCAGUGGCUACGAUGGUUGUUUGGCAUGUUAACCGGUACGGUUAUGUCACUGUUGACAGUUUGACGUUCCCCGUUAAUGGCAUCAGUCGGAAUAAGUUCCAAGUGUUCAUAAACAAUCUGAAAGCUCGAACCGGUCAUGAGGUGGAAGUGGCAAUAUAUGGAGAACCCGGUUCUUAUGUCGGUGUCUCCGGAAUAGACAAAUCCUUCUACACCAUGCAGGCAGGUAACGAACUGACCUACGGGAAGGUUAUCUCAAAGAUGGCCACGUUCGAUGAGAACAUAACCUUGCACAGCCACUCUUGGUUUUCACACGAAGGCAGUCCCGAUGAAGUUAUGUAUUUCCCAUCUUCUUCUUACGGUAUUGAUGCCAACAGAACCUUCCAAUACGCUGGAUUGGUUGUCUUCAGCGAUGUACCCCUUCCGAACAGAUACUCCUUAUGUGAUGCUACGCAAGGUUGGGCUGAAUGCUUGAGCGGUAGAUGUUAUAGGAUUGAGAAGAAGUGCGAUUUUUACAUGGACUGCGAUGAUGGAACUGAUGAGGCUGGAUGUAACUAUGGAAACGAGACUGAGCUAGCACUGUUCAGAAAAUUCAGGUUCAACAGAUUACAGAGGCAAUAUGAAAAUGUUUGGAUUUGGAAAGAUAUCAACAUCAGUCCACACGGUAGAUACAUCUUCAACGUUCCCGUACCAGCUAGACCCGUUCAUUGGAUGGUAUCUGCUUUCUCUAUGAGUCCCUCUAGAGGUUUCGGGAUGCUUCAAAGGGCAAUUGAGUACGUUGGUGUAUUGCCCUUCUUCAUCAAUUUGGAAAUGCCGAACACCUGCAUGCAGGGGGAACAGGUUGGCUUACGUGUAACAGUGUUCAAUUACAUGACGACGAAUGUGGAAGCUCAGGUCGUUCUCAAUGGCUCGCCGGAUUAUAAAUUUGUACAUGUGGAAGAAAACGGAGUUGUUCGAGCUUAUAACCCUAGAACUUCGUACGGAGAACACCAGUUCUUUAUAUUCAUAAAGGCUCAAGAUGCUGAAGUUGUUUAUAUUCCGAUUGUUCCUCAACGUUUGGGAGAUAUUACCGUCAGUGUGCACGCUUCUACGCUUAUAGGAGAAGAUCGGGCUACAAGGACUCUACAUGUUGAGUCUGAUGGUAUACCCCAAUACAGGCAUCAAUCCGUAUUGCUCGAUCUCAGCAACAGGGCGUUCACCUUCCAAUACAUGCACGUCAACAUAACCGAAACCCCCAUGAUACCCUACCAAUACGACAGGUACUAUGUGUACGGUUCCAACAAGGCCAGGGUGUCGGUAGUUGGAGACGUGGUGGGCCCCAUCUUCCCCACCAUGCCGGUCAACGCCACCUCUCUUUUACAUCUACCCAUGGAUUCGGCCGAACAGAACAUAUUCUCGUUCGCCGCCAACAUGUACACCAUCCUCUAUAUGCGUUAUACGCAGCAGAGGAACAGGACUUUGGAGAAGUUGGCCUUCUUAUACAUGAACAUCGGUUAUCAGAGGCAGCUGUCGUUUAUGCAGCCGGAUGGUUCUUUCAGUUUAUUCAGAAGUGAUUGGAAUCAAUCCGCACCCUCAGUUUGGGUAACUGCAUACGCAGCUAGAAUUUUCCAAGAAGCCAGCUUCUACGAAUGGGAAAAUUACAUUUACAUCGACCCAAUGGUGAUCGCCAAAGCUGUAGAAUGGGUUUUGGGGCAUCAGAACGAAUACGGAGCGUUUUACGAAACCACUUGGUUACCGGACAGAAAGUACAACUACACUCUGAAUAUCGACAACGAUGACAUCUCACAUAGGAAUAUUACAUUAACGGCUCACGUAUUGAUCACCCUGGAAGCUGUCAAGGAUCUUACCAGUGGACUGAGUGGUAAAGUCGUAACAGCCCAAAAGAAGGCCAUCCACUGGCUGGAAAGAAACAUGCAACUUCUGAGCGAGAAAGGUAGACCCUUCGAUGUGGCUCUUGUAGCUUACGCCUUGAUGAAGAGCAAAGCUCCGAAUGCAGAAACAGCUUUCAUAGAAUUGUCCAGACGACAAAGGUUUGAUGGUGGACUACUCUACUGGGGAAGGAAGAAAAUACCUCAACCACCUUCUAAAAUUGAGAAUCAGAAGCCUUUCUUAUUGCCCCGUUUGCCCUACGAGUAUGAUUCGGAAAAUAUUGAAACAACGGCCUUAGGUCUGCUGGUGUAUGUGGCUCGUCAGGAAAUCUACGUUGAUAAUAUUGUUAGAUGGUUGAACACUCAGAGGUUGAGUGAUGGAGGAUGGGCUUCAACAUCAGACACUGCCUACGCAAUGAAAGCUUUGAUAGAGUACACUUCUGCCCAACGUAUCCGUGAUAUAUCCAGCCUUACGGUUCAGGUAGAGGCAACGGCCCUUCCCAGAAAUCCGAACAAUAGAACGUCGUCAGGCAAGAUAAUGCACGUUAACGAUAAAAACCGUGCCAAACUUCAAUAUAUCGACAUUCCCAACGCUUGGGGUACGGUUAAAGUGGAAGCCAGAGGUACCGGUUAUGCUAUACUUCAGAUGAGCGUCCAGUACAAUGUGGACAUAGCGAGAUUCCAGACUCCGCCCCCUGUGCCUGCUUUCGAGUUGAGGAAUAGGCCUGUGUUCUCUGGAAGGAAUCAGUCUCACAUAACCUACGUUACAUGUCAAAGAUGGAUCAAUCUCAACGAGUCUGAAAGAUCUGGCAUGGCUGUAUUAGAUGUUACCAUUCCAACUGGUUACAUCAUCCAACAGCAGGACUUGGAUUCUUAUGUAUUGUCGAGGAGAGUGAGGAAUUUGCAGAGAGCUAGGUUCCAAGAGAGAAAAGUUCUUUUCUACUUCGAUUAUUUGGACAACGAAGAUACUUGCAUCGAUUUCACUGUCGAAAGGUGGUAUCCUGUAGCAAAUAUGUCGAGGUUCUUACCUAUAAGGGUUUACGACUAUUACGCACCAGAACGAUUUAAUGAGACUAUAUUUGAUGCACUGUCCACAUAUGUGCUGGAUAUCUGUCAAGUGUGUGGCAGUAGUCAGUGUCCAUAUUGUGGUAUCUACAAUUCAGCACCAAUACCGAUGUCGUUUGUGAAUCCCCUCCUCUUAGCGUGUUUGUUGUUGUUAUGCAGCUAUUUCAAGACGUAAAGGAUUUUUUUUUGUUACCAAGAACCAGAGUGAGUAAUGACUAUAAUUGUUGUGCUACCAAUCAAUUUUUUGGUAUACUGUUAUGGAUAUAUAGAAACAGUUUGUACCUGUAACAGUCGGUUAAAAGUGACGCCACCAAAUAAAAAAAUGUAUUAUAUGCAUUUAAUGUCCUGAAAAAUGUCGAAUUUUUUGGGACCUUGAAUGAUUUUAUUAGGUAAGCAUUAAAGAUGAAGAUAGUAUUGGAUAAGGAAGUGCUAUUAAAGCUAGGAACAUUGAACAGUAAAAACUUAAAAACAUAUCUCUCUCCCGAAAUUCAACUUAAUGAAGUACUUUAAAAACAAAUCAUGGCAAAAAUUGUGAUAACUGCCUGAUAAGGCAAAAUUAAACAUCUCUUAAAUUUUGAGUGAUCGAAGGCCUACAUCACCUGUUUGUUUUAUUCAAAUGCAUCAACUGUGAUCCGUAUCAAGAGGUGACCAGCUAUUACAGAGUUGCAAUAUAGUUUAUGAAAUUUCAGACGAAAUCUAGUUUAUUUUUUCGAAACUUGUAGUCAAUUGUCUAAAUGGAAUUUAUUAACGUGAUAAAGAGUCAUAUCGAAUGAAAUAAAUAGUUCGGAGAUCGCAGCUUUUUGUAAUUACAAAUUUGUCCUUACCAUAUAUUUUUGUAUAGAACGUAAACAUUUUCGAUAUGUCCUUCAAGUUAAAAUCAUCAAAUUUUAGUUUGGAAAUUUCACACUAUUUGUAUACAACAUCGAUGAAUGUUAUUGGUUUCUUUGCUAAUUCAUCAUUGUGAAAUGUUGGUGCAACAUUUUGUUCAAGCCAUCGAUAGAGAAUACUUUUAUUGUUAGAUAGGUAAACCGAAAUAUUUUUGUAGAGAUGUUAGAAAGUACGUAGUCUAUAUUAUACAAUUGAGUUUUUAAAAGUAUAUUUUUAUAUCUAAAUCAUGACAGUGAAACACCGACAAAGUUGUGUAUUGUUCAUAUCAAAUCUGCAGUUAGAAUUAUGACUAAAGAAUUGUGUUUGUUUGACAAAUUUAAUCUGUACUUCCCUAUAUGUAUUUGUUCUUGGAACAGUGUUGUGUUCAAUGUAGACAAUGUUGUUCAGGAAACCACAAUGAGGAUCAAGCUUGGGUAAAAAAAAUACUCAAUUAACAUUAACAUUCUUAUUGUUUAAUCUCAGAAGAAACCGUCCAUUUGUACUGAUUUUGUUAGUAUAUUUAGAUAAGAGAAAUCUUGUAAUAUAUUCUUGGGUAGUUAUUUAAAGAUCUUUUCUGUUUUUUUUAUGUGUUUAUUAUUUAUAUUUUCCACAUUCUAUGAUGAAAUUUCUCAAAUGUUCCAAAUAUUUUUUUAUGGCCUUGACACUAGUUUUUGUAAUAUUUUGUAAUAUAAUACUUAUUGAUGCAUGUUCUAUGUAUUUGUAAAUUCAGUUACAAAUUACUUAAAAUUAAUAUUUGAAAAAUAUUUGUCGAAAUGUUGAAUAAAAAUUUAUUUGAUAAAA